AUUGAAAGAGAUUCAGAUGAGUGAAUAUGAUGCAUCUACUUAUGAAAGAUUCUCCGGAGCAGUUCGACGACAAGUGCAGUCGCUCCGCAUCAUCCUAGACAAUCUGCAGGCCAAGGGCAAGGAAAGACAGUGGCUGAGACACCAAGCUGUUGGGGAGCUGGAUGAUGCCAAAAUCAUCGAUGGGCUGACAGGAGAAAAAGCCAUUUAUAAACGACGGGGAGAACUUGAGCCACAACCUGGGAGCCCCCAGCAGAAACCCAAGCGCCUGCGCCUGGUGGUGGAUGUUUCUGGGAGCAUGUACCGCUUUAACGGAGUGGAUGGGCGCCUGGAGCGCUCCAUGGAGGCUGUCUGCAUGGUCAUGGAAGCUUUUGAGAGCUAUGAGCACAAGUUCAAGUAUGAUAUUGUGGGACAUUCAGGAGAUGGCUUCAACAUCGCCUUGGUUGAGAGUGACAAAGUUCCCAAGAACAAUAAGCAAAGAUUAGAGAUUCUUAAGAUCAUGCAUGCCCACUCUCAGUUCUGCAUGAGUGGGGAUCACACCUUGGAGGGGACAGAGCACGCCAUUCGGCAUAUCGUCAAGGAAGAAGCUGAUGAGUAUUUUGUUAUCGUCCUGAGUGAUGCAAAUCUUGAGCGAUACGGUAUUCCACCGUCAAAGUUUGCCCAGGCCUUGACCACCAAUUCUCAAGUCAAUGCUUUUGCCAUAUUCAUAGGUUCCUUGGGAGACCAGGCAGAUAGGUAAGUAUGUUUGUUAAUCCCCCAU